AUGGCACCUGCAACCAAACGCAGAACCCAUCGACGCAAGUACUUUGCUGGCCGCCGUCAUGGUCGAGUACUAAAACGAUCCUCCCAGGGUCCAUUACUCUUCACGGGCUCUCCAGGUUCUCAAUCCCCACAAUUUGAUAUCACGGGUGACAAGCCGUCUCGCAAAAAGACCAAGAGGCCAUUUAAGAAGACCAUGGUGCCUGUCUCGGAUGAUCCGCUGGAGAUAAACAUUUACGAGCACACGCCCCUCUUAGACGGCUAUGUCUUCGUUGUCAAAGGCGACGUCUACAUUACCCGGCACUGCCGCAGCAUGACCAAAGAGUCUGGGCAGGUGGUUUAUGUCGUCUACAACAAAGCGGGCAAAAACACCUUGGGAAUCCGCGUUCCUGCCACUAUCCACGCUGAGGUUGUCGAGUCGGCUGCCGCAACAGCUGACUCGCGCGCCAGUGCUGUCCAAGACCGCGAUACCAGGGACCGCACUCGUGCCCGAGAGCUGUUGCGCCGGCAGUUCCCUCUGAUGCCCACGGACACUCUCGAUACAAUCUUGAAUCAUGCGUUCCUCAAGGGUUCUGGCCGAGUGGGUCGCACUGCAAUGAUGACAGAGGAGCGCAAGGCCGUCUUGGCUGUUGAGGCGCACAUCAGACACACCCAUACGGAUUAUGACAAGCUGCUCGAUGCGGGGAUGAACCGCGAAGACGCUCGACAGACUGUGUGGCCGGUUGUUCAGGCGAUCUCUCGAGCCUGGGAAGGGGGCGAGGGGCAGGUACUUGGGUCGUUGACACUGCCUCUGGAGUUGUAG